GUGCGGGUUGCGUAUGCGCGCUAAAAUAGCAUUCCGCGCGCGAACGUUAUAGGAUGUGCGCUUUCGAAUCUACGAAUUUUUAAAAACGUACGGGAUUUCAAAAAUAGACGACCUUCGAUUAUUGUUAUAAUAAUGUUAACACUGUUUUAUUAGUGCAUUUAAUAGUUACAAUUGUGUGUGAAGUGUGGAUUUUUCAUUUAUUUCAGACAGCGCGCUAUAAAAUUAUAACAAUAAACAAUGGCUACUAAAUCGUACAGCAAACACAAGGAAUACAAGGAAUAUUCGAGCACAGGCACCGUGCCAUACACCGACGAACAAUUCGAUAUGAUAAAAUCCGACCUUUUACCAAAAGGAAGCAAGCUGGACUCCCUGGGGAGAUCCGUGGGAGGGAAACGGGAGUACCACUACGAAUAUAAGGAGGAGAAGCUGCCAGGGGGAGGAAAGUAUGAUAGGAAGGACUUCCAUGCCGUUGAAGAAUUCACAAUACCAAAAAACAAGCCAAAAACGGCAGAAACCAGCUAUUACUACGAGCGGGAGGAACGCGAACUGCCCGCGGUCGGCACUAGGACAUAUAACUAUGAAACUACUGGAUCUAGUCCUGGUUACUCGAAAGUAAAAAGUUCCAAGGUGACGAAAGAAAUGACCCAAAAUGUUGAUGAGCUGGAUUCACUUCUGGAUGAUUUGCAGAAGGACCAAGAACGACAGUUGUAUAAGAGCGGUUACGCAUCAGACACUGCUGAGAGUACAUCGUUCGAUUACCGGCGAGGUACUCCAGCAAAAGCGCCAUCUAGCGGUUACUCCACGCUAAAAAGAGAAGAGCGCUUAGAGAGCUCCUGGAACUCCCCCCCUCCCCCCACCGUCACACGUGCCGCGGAGAUCCGGCAAGAGAUGUAUAGAGAGGAGAAGACAGAAUCCCGCGUGGUACCAUCCCAGAUAUCGCCAGCGGUCCCACAGGUGGUCCCACCCGCUGUGUGCCAUAACUGCCACCACACAUCAACUACUGGCACUCUUCCACGCGCCAGCACACCGAUGAACAAAGUGACCACUACGGUGAAGACUUACACAUAUGAAGUGCCUGCAGACCAGGACCCCACCACCGUGCCGAUACCGGUCGAUCACCAGCACAUCACCGAGGAGAUAAACACAUCAUCGCACACAACGGGAACGCUAUCAAAGCCGCAGCCAGUUGGAGGCUGCCAAUAUUGUACACACUGCAACACCACGCUCAGAGAGUAUAGGACACAUACUUCAGACCACUCAAGCGAGCGCACCUUCGUACCGGCUGAACCGAAAUUGCUGCACCCUGAGCCGCUCAAUGGACACGGCCCACAUGGUCCAACAAGCUACAAGUACUCAGAGACGAGCUACUCCAGCGCCAACUCCCGCUUCCCCCCCUCCCCGGCACCCCCCCGCUCCCUCUCCCCCUCCCCCCACCCUGGCAGCACCCCCUCCCCCUUCCCCCGACCGACCACCCCCUCGACAACGCAGCAACCCCCCAAGAGAUUAGAUGAUCUGAUGGCUGAUUUUCCGGAGGCGCGCUUCCCCACCCAACCGGACGGCAUAACGCAACGCAAAGUGGAAAUAUCCCGGGAAACCCAUGAAUCCCGAGACACCCGGGACUCCCGGGACACGCGGGACAAGCGUGAAGCCCCGGGGGCGAAGUCCCCGCCGAUUGGCAGCAGCCGCAAUGUCGCUGGGCCUGCUGUGUACUACCCUCCGGGGCAUACCCCCUUCGCUAAGGAGUCGGGGUAUCAGGCUAGCGCGAUGCAAGCCGGGGGCGGGAGCUAUGCGUCCGGUCGCGCGAUGUACGAAUACGAAUCCGGAGCCCGUUCUAAGGAAAAGCACAGUGAGAGGAAAACUGCAGUCCCCGUGUGCUUGCCACUUUGCUGUGCUAUGCCUUGCGUUAUUUUGUAGAAGAAACGUGUCUAGUGUCGUCAUGGAGUGACGUCAUAGGGUGUGUGGUGACGUCAUCGUGUGACGGACUAACUAAUGAUAAUAAAAUGAUGUUAAAGAAGUGUAUGUUGUUACACUAAUGAUAAAUGUUAGUAAUGAUUGAGAUAUUGAUUUUGGUUGCGAAUUUUCCAAGAAUUUGCAUUAAAAAAUUAAAUUCAAAUCUUGAUAAAUAUACCUAUACAAUAUACCUACAUCCUCAUUUAAAAUAUCCUCAAAAUAUCAUCAAUCGUCUAAAUUCAAAAAUAUUAUUAUCAGUCGCGUUGCUGUCUCAUUAGUGUAACAUUAAUUUAUAAAAUAUAAUUUGGUGGAAUCACGUUUCUGAAAUCAACGAAGGUUGUAAAAUGUUUUUAAAAAAGAAAUUAAUGUAAUUUUUUGUAUUCGUAUGAAAUCAGACAAUUUUACAAUGUAUUCUUAUAAAACAAUUGAUAGAUCUUUGUAUUUCUGUUUUAUAGGUAUGAAAAAUAUAUUUACAAAUUCUUAUAAAUGUGAAUCCUCACAUCACUUUUAAAGUACAUACUUAAUAUUUUGUUCAAUCAAGGUUUUGUAAAAAAAAAAACAAAUUAAUAUUGUAUAACUUUUAAAAUAUAUUAUUGUAAUGUAAGUAACAACGGGAUUUGAUCCCAAAAUAACUAUAAUUAACGUAUGACAAUUUGUAUGUUUAUUGGAAUAAUAAUAAAGAAUCUCAAUGUAAAUUAUAAUACAGCGCCAUCUAGCGGGCGUGUCUAUUUAUUUUAUGAAAAAAAAAAUAAUUUUAUUAAAAAGAUAUUUGCAUUAAACUAACCGUGCCAUUAUUGUUAAGUUAUUGUGAACGUCUUGUCUCUGUGUAAAGAUAUUUUUAUUAUUAAUAAACUCUAAUUAACUAGAAA